UAUCAGCCCCGCUUCAGUCACGAGGCAAAAAACCCUCCAGCGAGCUAGGUUUUAGCCGCAAAAUGAAAAGGGGUGGCCGAUAUCUCUCUCUUAAUCGCCGAGGAUGGAGACGACUGCGUUGAGGUCAAUCGUCGUCGCCGUCGCAAUCGAGACUGAGGUCGAGCGGAGAUCAGAUCGCUGCCGAGUUCGUCGUUGACGUCGUGCUCGAACUGCAGGAGAUCAGAUCGCUUCCUCCCUGUUUUCUUAACGGGUCCAUUUUCCAAUAUUAAACCCGAUCCGGACCCGAAACCCUGCACUCUAGUUACCAAAGGCACCGCUCACGAAUCACCGCGGUCAAGCUCUUCGAUAUUUCGCUACGAUGACGUCUCUCUCUCUUCGUCCGAGCCCCCAAAACCCCAUUAAAACCCUUCGCAAAACCUCACUCCUCUCUCCAUUCUCUCAUCCCUCGAAUCUUCUCAUGCCCAAAAACAGCAGCUCCUCUUCAAUCUCGCCGAUUUCAGCGCGAAUUCAAUCACGAACGCUCGAUCUCAGCGGCCGCCAUCGCGAUGAGAUUGUUCAGCUUGCAAAGGAGUCGAGGUUCAAUUGCCUUUCAGAGACUCACCUCGAUCUCACGGUUGAUGGGCUCAAGUUGAAGGCUAAGGGGAAGGUUAGGGAUGUUUAUGAAGGGGGAGAUCACUUGGUGCUGGUGACAACGGAUAGGCAGAGCGCUUUCGAUCGGAUUCUUGCUUCGAUUCCUUUCAAAGGACAGGUUCUUAAUGAGACAAGUCUGUGGUGGUUUAAUAAGACCGAACAUAUUACUCCAAAUGCAGUGGUUUGUGCACCUGAUAAAAAUGUUACAAUUGCGAGGAAAUGUUCAGUUUUCCCAGUUGAAUUUGUCGUUAGAGGCUUUGUGACCGGCAGCACUGAUACAUCAUUGUGGACAGUUUACAACAAGGGUGCAAGACGUUAUUGUGGCAAUGAGCUUCCUGAGGGUAUGGUAAAAAAUCAAAAGCUACCUACAAAUAUACUCACACCCACAACGAAAUCUGAAGAUCAUGAUGUUCCAGUGUCUCCUGACGAUAUAUUUGAGCUUGGUUUAAUGAGUCGAGAUGAAUAUGCUGAAGUAAGCAACAAGGCUUUAGACUUAUUUGCAUACGGACAGCAAGUAGCUUUGGAGAAUGGACUGUUACUUGUCGACACAAAAUAUGAAUUUGGGAAAGAUGUUGAUGGUACAAUAAUGUUGAUUGAUGAGGUGCAUACCCCUGAUUCUAGCAGAUACUGGGUUGCUGAUUCUUAUGAGGAGCGCUUCAAUACUCGGCGUGAGCCUGAGAAUGUUGAUAAGGAAUUCCUAAGACUCUGGUUCAAGGAACACUGCAACCCUUAUGAAGAUAAGGUUCUUCCUGAUGCCCCCGAGGAACUUGUUUGUGAACUUGCAUGGCGGUACAUUUUCCUUUAUGAAACAAUCACAAAUUCAAAGUUUGAGACACCAAGCAUAGAGGAGCCUAUACAUGAUCGCAUAUCUCGAAAUAUCUCACAGGCCUUGUCAAACUUGUGAUUAGAGCCGACCAUAACAUCAAGAGUUUGGUUUUUAUUGUACUCAAGAGAUCCCGAUUCAAUCUCAAAAGUUCUGAAUCUCUCUUUUUCCUUUUUUCCUUGUUGAGUGGUCCAAAAUAAUACAGGCCCUUUUACAAGUUACGUGUUGUAACUUAAAAAUGUAUUUAUUGUAGAAUAAUAAUUCCCAUUUGCACAAAAGUGCACCCGGGAACAUAUGAAAAUGAAAUAAAUGUUUACUGUUGAACGAUGA